GCUAUUCGCUGUCCGCGAUCCAUUGUAAUUCCUGUUACCUCAGUCGAAAUAAAACGACCAGAGCACAGAAAACAUUUCGCCCGGAGCUUUACAAGGUAUACCACUGGAAGAAUACCGAAUGCCAAGUUUCGGGAAACGGCCGUCGUUCUCCCGGUCUCCAGGGUCUGAUUCUCGGUCAAAGAACUCCAAUGGGCGUUAAUAUCGCCGUCACUGCCGAUUUUCGCGGAUCUUUGCUUGGAUAUUGUCGAAGGCUUAUAAAGAGAAGAGAAUGAAUCCGAGCUGGAAGUCGCCACCAAUGUGGCCGUCCGGAGUGGGGAGCAGGCAGCCGUGUCCACGCGAGUCUGCGCUCCGCAGAGCGGCUAUCAGCGGUAAUGUCCUCGCGCUCCCACCGUACCACGUCCCCACGGGCAGGAGCGUGCGAGUCUUCAUCUGUGCCAGUCCUGACGACACAGAAGCUGAGAGGAACGCUCUGAAGGAACACGUCUACCCUAAACUGAGGGACUUUUGUAGGGAGAACUAUGGAAUUGAGUUCCAGGUGGUGGAUCUGUACUGGGGCUUGGACCCCGAAGAGUGGGACAGUCCAGAGCUACAGAGACUGCGGAUGAAGCUUCUGGAAGAAUGCCUGAAGACAUCUGCAGGUCCUUGCUUUGUUGGUUUGGUGGGGGAGAAGUAUGGCAGUAUCCGAGUUCCAGGAGAGGUGGAAUCGGCAGAGUUUGAGAUGAUUCUCGAUGCAGCAGUGGAGGCUGGUCUGGACACACGGAUCCUGGAAGAGUGGUACUGCCGGGACGAGAACUCUGUGCCGCCGGCAUACUACCUCAAGCCCAAAACCCAGAUACUGAAGAAUUAUCAGAACUCGAUGGAGUCGAGCAGGUGCUGCAAGAGUCUAAGAAUGAUAAGGGAGUGGAGAGCCGUCUCUGAAGAAAUCAAAAACAUCUUUAGAACAGCAGUCCUACAGCUCCAGGAGAAAGGAACCAUGAAGAGCGCACAGGCCAAGAAAUUUCUCUGUUCAGCACUAGAGGAUGAACUGGAUUUUGCUUUAGGAAAGCAGACCCCAGCCUUCCUGAAGAAGUGUGUGUGCUACAUUCGCAAAAUCUCCAACUUUGACCGCUUUGCCAAAAUCCCAGAGAUGGCUCGCUAUAUGGACACUGUCACAAGCGGGGACCGUGUCAUGAGGAACCAGGAGGCCUACGAGCGCCUCCUGAAAGUCCGAGAUGAAUUCAUCCCCACGAUAGUGGCAGCGUCCAACCUCCGUGUUUAUUCCUCUGUCACCCACUGUGACAUGAAGCUGGGCUACUCCCGGGAGGUGGAGAGCCACUAUGUGGAAGGCCUGUGCAAGCAGUUCUAUGAAGACAUGGUGGACAUCAUUCAGGCUACUGUACAGCAGAACUUUGACACGGAAACAGAUCCACUGUAUGAUGAGAUCAUACAGCAUCUUUCGUUGUGCAAGACCUUUUCUUCAUUUUAUGUUUACAAGAGUGAGGCCCUGGAUAUGGUGCAGGAAUAUCUGUACCCCUCCAAAGGAGGGAGAGUAAUGCCCCUAGUGGUGUAUGGAGGACCAUGCACAGGAAAGACUUUGUUGCUUGCUGAGGUGGCUAAGCAGGCCUACACAUGGCUACAAAAAGAAAUGGGUCCAGAAGCAGAUCCUGUUGUCAUCGUUCGCUUCAUUGGCUCCUCCGACCUCUCCACAGACCUCCACAAUCUGCUCCAAAGUAUCUGUGAGCAGAUUGCCGUCAACUACCGCUGCUUGAUCCACUUCCUACCGAACAAGAUUCAGGAGAUGAGGGAACUGUUAGUUAACCUUCUGGGGGAAUCAUCCUUCCAUCGACCCCUAGUCAUCAUCCUUGAUGCUUUGGAACAGCUUUCAGAUGCAGACGAUGCUCGUAAGAUGUGGUGGUUGCGUCACCUUCCUCGUACUGUUCGCAUUGUGGUGUCCACUCUGCCCAACAAGCAUGGGAUACUGCAGAAAUUACGUUGCCAGAUACAUGAUGAGGACUGCUAUGUAGAACUGACACAGAGGGAUCGCAAGGCAUGCAGUCAAACACUCAAACAGCAGCUUCUGAGUGUCAAACGAAAAGUAACCUCAGGCCAACAGAUAUAUGUAAAUGAAGCACUGGAAUGCACAUUACCUAUGUUUGUCAAUCUUAUCUUUCGGGAGGUGGUACACUGGAGGUCUCACAAAAGAUGUAGAACAAAGUCCCUUUGCUCAACAGUGCAUGAGAGUAUAGAGCAUCUCUUCUUUUCUGUUGAGAACAAGCUUGGUUCCCGCUUUGUCUUCCGUGCACUAGGUUACAUUACAAUGUCACGUGCCGGGUUGACAGAGGUGGAACUGGAAGACAUAUUGUCUUUGGACAACAGUGUACUGGGAGACAUUAUGGUAAGCUCAAAUCUAAAGAGUCCACUGCGAAUCUCCUAUGAUCUCAUUGCCCAACUAAAAGAGGAGCUGGAGGGUUACCUGGUGGAGCGGCAGGUGCGUAAUGUAAACCUGAUGGUGUGGGCAAACCGGCAUCUGCACCUCAUAGCACAGAAAUUGUACCUCAGUAAUGAAGAGGAUGUGCAUCAGAUGCACAGUCUUUUGGCUGAGUAUUUCCUUGGGGUAUGGGCAGGUGGUAGAAAAAAAAUUUUCCACUGCGACAACAAUCACUUUGCCUCAUUAAACAUCUCUCAACAUCGGAACCCUCACCACCAGCAGAGCCUUCAUGGGCAUGACAAAGCCUCUGCUGACAAGCAUUCUUAUGACCGACAGACUCCAGAACAGCCAUGGGUGUUCCAGUGCAAUCUGCUUGAGCCAGAUAUCUUCUUUGUCAACCACAGAAAAAAUGACGAAUUGCUGUAUCAUUUGACAAGGAGUGCGACAGACGAUCUCAUGUAUGGUGUCAUUAUGAACUUCAGUUGGUUGUACACCAUGAUAAAGAUUGGGCAAUUUGACAAGGCAUUGAUUGAUAUUGAUAUGGCUUACAGCUACUCACAGGAAAAGGAGUUCAAGUUUCUUGCUGGCACACUUCGAAAUAUAAAGGCAAAGGUGACCAAGAACCCUGCAUCACUGUCUGCUGAGCUUCAGCAACGACUUCUUCCGGUGGUCACAUCUCUUCCUAAGCUCAGACAUCUCUUACUAGAGUGUGACAAAGAUGGUCCCAAAUACUGCUCCAUUGUGCCACUUCAUUCUUCCAUGGAUGUCACUUACAGUCCUGAGAGGCUCCCACUAUGCUCUAGCUGCAUGCAGAUUGUGGAGAUUCUACCCACUCUAGCCCCCAAUAUCGUAAUUGUAGCUCUUGAAGAUGGCUCUAUAAGUACAUGGGAUGUUGAGAGCAGACAGUUGCUGAGACAGAUAGACACAGCAAGGUCAGUUGUACUUGGUGUUAGACUUACCACAGAUGAGAAAUACCUUGUGGUUGCAACCACAAAAAACACAUUACUCAUUUAUGACAACCAUAAAUCCUGUCUGUUAUCAGAGGUGGAUGUUAAGGGUUCAAAACAGUGUGGCAUCACAGGAGGGGUCGCAUUUAUCAAUGGAUUUACCUUGUCCACUCACCAUGCCUUAGCUUGGCUGGAGGCCAGCAAGGAUGUCAAUGUGAUUGACCUGCUGUAUGGAUGGCCCCUGUAUCAGUUCCAUUGCUGGUAUGAGGUAACCUGUGUUGAAUGCUCCCCAGAUGGAAUGUAUGCUUUCUGUGGGCAAUACCUAAACACCACCACCAUAUUCCACCUCGGAAGUGGAGACAAACUUGCCACAAUGACUUCUGAAUUUUCUGGUGGAUUUGUGAAGUCCAUCCUGGUUCUUGACACAAUUCAUCAGAUGGUGAUGAUUGACAAUGAAGGUAGUCUUUCUGUUUGGAACACCAAAGACAUCAACAAUCCCAAGAUUAUGGAGGAUUAUGACUGUCGAGGAGAUGAGAAUGAGGUAGUGGGGAUAGAACUAUCUGAGGAUCAGAGAUCUAUCCUCAUUUGCAAAGACAGAAGUAUUGAGGUACUUGAUACCAAGCUUUGGAAGAUGGUAGAGAAGUUCAAGGCCAAGCGUAGUGAGAGAUUUGUGGCUGCUGUGCUCUCUAAGAAUGGCCAAAGUAUUGUGGCAUCCAUGGAAAACACCUCUUCCAUAUUUGUCUGGAGAAGAGACAGCGGGCAGUGCAUGGCUAGCUUAAUAGAGAUAUCAGGAGCCAUUGUCAAGUUGAUAAAGUCAACACAUCAUAACUUGCUUUUGUCUGUAGCCAGCAGUGGGGUUCUGUCAAUUUGGGACAUUGACAUCAUAACAGCAAUGUCAAACAUUGACAAAACCGGGAAAAUGAUCCAAAGUGUUCUGUUGUCUGGCAGAGAAGACUUUGUGUACACUAUGGAUGGGUCAGAAGCCAUUCAUAAGUGGAACUUCAGCACAGGCUUCAUUGAGAUAGUGUUUAAGCAUGAAGGUCUUGUGGAAAACUGUGUUCUCACCACAUCUGGUGACCUCAUGGUAACAUCUGAUGACAAAUGUAGCCAAUACAUCUGGCACACAGCCACAGGUGAGAAUAUCUUUCGAAUCAAUGGCCAAAAGAUAUCCCAGCUUCUCAUCACACAUAAUGACCAGUUUGUGGUUUCUCUCUGUGAACAAAAUGCAUCUCGAGUCUGGAGACUUGCUACUGGUCACAAAGUGUGCAAUAUCCUGGUAACCCUCCAACAUGCUCUCAUUACUACAGCAAACACUUUUCUAGUUGGCACAACAAAAAACAAGCUGUUAGCUGUGAGCUUGUGGUCAGGCAGUGUAUCCAAGAAGUUUAUCUGUGAUGAGGGCAUCACAAUCAUAAAUUUUAAGCUAAUUCCAGACAGUCCAGACUUUGUAGUCUUCAUUACAUCAACAGAGACUGUGUUUAUAUGGAGUGUAGCUGAUGAGUCUGUCUGUAGAAGGGUGCAGCUGCCAAGCAACUUCUUGAAGAACCUGGAAGACUUCCAAAUCUCACCAAAUGGAAAGCUGGGAAUUGUGUCUAAAGGAGAUGACAACAUUAAUGUUCUAGAUCUGCACAGCGGCAAACUCCGCCUAGUCCACGCUGCGGGCAUAAUAUGGAGGCAAAAGUUGUCACGGGAUGGACGGUACUUGGUGUACAUCUGCUUCCGCAACUGUGAUGAGGACGAUGAUGCAGGUGCGGUUCCUAGCUUGAUUGUCAUGCGCCUUGCUGAUGGGAAAAGUAUUGGUACCUGUUCCCUCUACAAGACACCAACCUACUUGUGCCUGUCUCAGCGAGCACUAAACAUUAUUGUAGGCUUUGAGGACGGUAGCAUUGGCACCUAUACAGUUGUUGAUCGUGUGGAUGCAGCCCUCAAAAUCAAGAUUGCCACCUCAAACAGCCGCCAGAUAGUUAACAAUGCCUCACAGAAAGUAAGACCCAAAUGUAGUACCAAUGCCUUCAAGACCAUUGCAGACUGCAUUUGGAGAGAGUCCACUGAAGUCUUCUCCAGAGACAGCCCCAUUAAUGUAUCUGACAGUGGGGAGCCUGAGACGACAACACCCACAAAAAAGAGUGAACUGCAAUGAGAGCACCCUUUUCAGGAUGUUAGGGGUAUAUGUGAAUGGGUCCAGAAUUGGAUGGAGAUGAUUCUUGUUUACAGAAACCUUGUGAUUUAGUUGCACAAAUCAGUCCUCUGGAUAUCACAGUUGUUACUGGCCAGUUACUAUGAAGCUGCAGUUGUAUUCAGUUAAGUUACUUUCAUUAAGUUGUUUUUUGUCUAUUGAUAUCAUCUGUUGUAUUAUGUUUAUGUUUAAGAUAUUUCCAUUUUAUCAAGAUAUUAAUAUUCUUGUGACAAAAGUCUAUGUAUUUGCACCACAAACACAUUUCCUGCCAUGUUUGCUUUCAGUCAUCCAUAUUUCAGUGUCUAUAGGAACUAUAUUAAUUAUGAAACUUGCGUACAUGUGUACAUAUCUAUUUUGGCUGCUGCAAUUUGUGCAACUCUUUAACAAUGUUAUGUUUUGCUUAAUGUAAUCAAAGAGAGUGCCUGGAUUUUAAGAUUUUUUUCUAAAUACUUAUGAUUAAAAAAUGCAGGGAAUUUGUAAAACAAAACUAUCGUGACACAAAUAUUCAUCAGUACAGUACAAUAAACAUAUUGUAAACAAACAAACAAUGAAUUUGAUUCAUUCAAAAUUUCUGAUCAUCACAAGAAUUAAUUCAGGAAACAGUAUUAUUGAGGUUGUUUGUUAUGUUGCUGCAUUUAUUAUAUUAAAUUGAAAAUAAAGAUGGAAUGGAAAUCACAAGCUGACAAUGUUGCAUAUUGGUAGUUGGAUUAAACUAUUACUGAGUAUUUAACAUGUGGGCCUUGUGUAGCAUCUCACCAGGAGUAUCUGCGCCUUAAAAAGUGUUAUAAGUUAUGCCAAGUUUUGUUUGUAGCUGUUUAUCAUGUCUCUAGUAAGGUAAAGUUUGAAUGUGUGAUAGUUGAAAAAGAAUACUGUGUAUUUUCAUGUUAUAGGUGACUUGCAUAGAAAAAUAUAAAUACAUGUUAUUAAAAAAGGUUGUGUCAAGCCAGAUAUAGGGGUUGCACUUUAUUUUUGAAUACUUAUUUUCCAUGGUUGACUUAUAUGAAGUGUCAAUGACGUAAAUAUUCAUCUUCAAAUUGCUGGUUUAGUGUGGCCUGUGAAGAUUUGCAUUUUGUCUACAAUUCUGAGAAUAUUUUGGCAUGCACAGCAAAAUGAUCAGUCAUGCACAUUGAAUCUCCUCCACUACUCCAAGGGCUAUUCCUACUAAUUGUAUGUUUAUCUCGAACUGUUUAUCUCUGAGAAAUAGGCCCAUUUACAAGUAAUAAACUAGCAUUAUUCAGGUUUGAUACACUUCACCCCUCAAAGUGCAAAUUUUCAAAACUUAGAAAUAUUAUAGUGUACUUUGCCAAAGUUCCUUUAUUGUGUUUGUUUUCCUCUAUAAAGCAUUUGUGUUAUUAUUUGAUACUUGAGUGCCAUUGUUCAUGGCUUAACUGUAUCUUCCAGUGUGACAAUAAUCGAUGAAAUGUAUUACCUUUGCUAAUAAGUUUGAAAAGAAUCCAUAUUGUAUAGGAAUGCCAGUUUUAGAGUAUAUCUAAAUGUCAGUUUGAGAGCAGAACACAACAUUGUAUGUAAUGUGACUUGAAUAACUUAAUUGCAUAAAUGUUUGCAAAACAUAGUUGGCAUACUGGUAAUGAAUGUGUUUAUUGUAUUCUUUGUAUAGUCAGGACUGAAAUCCCUGUUUAGAGACUGAUAUAUUUUCAUAAAUGUUGUACCUACAUUUUGUUACAAAGUUGUUUAAAAAAAGAAAAAAACUUAUGUCUGAAGCAAUAUGAACUAGUGUGUAUGCAUUGUUUGUAUGAAGCAUUCUAAUGUAAUAAAAGGUUC